GCGGAUCACCAAAUCAGGCCCAGUGCCAUUGGCAGCAGGCCGAUGCGUCGUCACAGGGGCUCCUCUAAAUUGGAGUAUCGGGGCCAUUUUGGCCCGAGGUUCCGAUGGGGGUGGUAAGAGUCGUGAAGGCGGAAAGGACACGGCGAGGGGGAGUAAUAAACUGGAGUUAUGGCUCACGGCAGAGAAAUAAAUUCCGGGCCCCCGCACGGCCUGACUUGCCACCCUGUCCCUGAUGCCGGUAGGUGGGUAUCAACAGCGGGGUGAUCGCAGCAUGGGAAGGGUUGGUCACCACAGUUGCGAGACAAUCAGCAUGGAACUAUCGGAGGUCUCGUUCGGUUCAUUUUCAUUAUUUGGCCAUAAUUCAGUCCAUGGGCUGCUCUGAACCCCGAACUACUUCCGCCAUUGCCUCCUGGCAUUUGUACGCGGUCCAUUGCGCCCCCAAGUUUUGCGGCCGGUGUCCUCCCGCACCGGCUCGUCCGAGGCCGAGCCCAUGUGGUGCGAGCUUCGGAGCUCGAGACCCGACGGCUGUCUCCACGACGACACAGCCUCUGAAGACGAGCAUUUCUCCACUACUUUCGGAGGAUGAGGUACCUACUACAGAGCUUGCCGAACUCAUGGGCCUUUCGGAUGGGCUAGCUGGGCUCACUGUGGGGGACAAUAGGGUCCUGACAGCUUCACUGAAUGAAGAAGACCGAUUCUUCACGAGCCUCUUCUAG